UCUGAAAAUUACUGAUAGGGGAAAUUUUAGUAUUAUCAUAUUAAAUACCAUCACCUUUCUUAGGAAUCUCCAUCUCAAGGCUCAGAGAGAUGAAGUGCUGCCGCAGGGGUACAGAGGGAGGAAACUCAAGGUGUCGGUCACUUGGUAGAGACCUUUGAGAGUGGGUGAUUGCCUCAGGUCAUUUCCAGAGAAAUCUGUGUGCCUCUCCUUUAAGAGGAAGCUAAGCCACUCCCUCUUUUGGGAACGCUGGGAAGCAGUUCACCGAGAACAGAAAGUGCGUUCCAGGUACAACCCGGAUUCCGUCAAACUACAUUACCCAGAAGGCAGUGCUACAAGGGACGGAAGCCGGCUCCAGGCCCUAGACGAAGGGAGCAAAGGGGCGUUUCCCGUAGCGGCGUGGGCGGGACUUCCGGCGUCGAGUCUUCAGACCCGGUUCGGUAGUGGCUGCAGUAGUUACCGACACUACACCGGCUAGAACGCCGGACGGGGGACACUUUUCCAGGCCGAGUAGAGACGGACAGUGAGAAGGACAGGACUCACAUGCUUUUAUGUCAGCCGCUAUCCCACCCCUACAAGCGUCUGCAAAACGUUUCCUGGGGCCUUGGUGCCAGCCCUGUGUCACUACGGCGCACGGAGGCGGCGCCGCGAACCUUGUACGCGUUUUACACGGCGGCAGGGACUGAUGUCCCUCGCAACCCAGAGCCGGAGCCAGGGAUCGGCCGGCGGACCGGCUUCCUCGCCUCCUCUCAAGGCCUCACUCCGUCGCCUGGGCCCAUGGCGGCGCCGGCGUUGGCAUUAGUAUCAUUUGAAGACGUGGUUGUGACCUUCACUGGAGAGGAAUGGGGGCACCUGGACCUGGCCCAGAGGACCCUGUACCAGGAGGUGAUGCUGGAGACCUUCAGGCUCCUGAUCUCACUGGGGCAUCCUGUUCCCAAACCAGAGAUGAUCUACCUGCUGGAACAUGGGCAGGAACCUUGGACAGAGAAAAGAGGCCUCUCCCAAAGCACCUGUGCAGGUGAAAAAGCAAAACCCAAGACUACAGAACCUACUGCUUCUCAGCUGGCCUUCUCUGAGGAAUCCUCUUUCCAAGGACUGCUGGCACAGAGAUCCUCAAGGAAUUCCAGGUUGGGGCAAGCUAGAGAUGAGGAAAAGCUUAAAGAAAUUCAGGAAGGGAACUUGAGGCCAGGAACAGACCCCCACAAACAGAUAUGCCCUGGGAAGUUGAGCUAUAAACAUGAUGAUUUGGAGCCAGCUGAUAGUCUGGGUUUAAGGGUUUUACAGGAACAAGUCACUCCACAAGAUGUUCUUCAUGAACGUGACACUCAAGGACCAGGAAAAGAUCCCAUGAUUGAUAGAAGGAAUAAUGCUUACACAUGCACGGAAUGUGGGAAAGGGUUUAGCAAGAAGUGGGCCCUUGUUCGGCAUCAACAGAUUCAUGCUGGGGUAAAGCCCUAUGAGUGCAGUGAGUGUGGGAAAGCCUGUCGUUACAUGGCCGAUGUCAUUCGUCAUAUGAGGCUUCAUACUGGGGAAAAACCAUAUAAGUGUAUUGAGUGUGGGAAAGCCUUCAAACGCAGGUUUCACCUCACAGAGCACCAGCGUAUUCACACUGGAGAUAAGCCCUACGAGUGCAAAGAAUGUGGCAAAGCGUUCACCCACCGCUCUUCUUUUAUCCAGCAUAAUAUGACUCACACUCAAGAAAAGCCCUUUUUAUGCAAAGAAUGUGGCAAAGCUUUUUACUACAGCUCUUCAUUUGCUCAGCACAUGAGGAUUCAUACUGGAAAGAAACUCUAUAAGUGCAGUGAAUGUGGAAAGGCCUUUACACACCGCUCCACGUUUAUCCAGCACAGCAUGACCCACACAGGAGAAAAACCAUUUUUAUGUAAAGAGUGUGGAAAAGCCUUUUGCCUCAAUUCAUCCUUCACUCAGCACAUGAGGAUUCAUACUGGAGAGAAACCCUAUGAAUGCGGUGAAUGUGGAAAGGCCUUUACUCAUCGCUCUACUUUCAUCAGACAUAAGAGGACCCAUACUGGAGAGAAGCCCUUUGAGUGCAAAGAAUGUGGGAAGGCCUUUUGUGACAGCUCUUCCUUAAUUCAGCACAUGAGGAUUCACACUGGUGAGAAGCCUUAUGAGUGCAGUGAAUGUGGAAAGGCCUUUACACACCACUCUGUUUUUAUUCGACAUAACAGGACCCACAGUGGACAAAAACCCUUGGAGUGUAAAGAAUGUGCAAAAGCCUUUUACUAUCUCUCUUCCUUCACGCGACACAUGAGGAUUCACACUGGAGAGAAGCCCUAUGUUUGUAGAGAAUGUGGAAAGGCUUUUACCCAACCUGCAAAUUUUGUUCGGCAUAAUAGGAUCCACACUGGAGAAAAACCCUUUGAAUGCCAAGAAUGUGAGAAAGCCUUUUGCAACAACUUUGCUUUAACUCAGCACAUGCGAACUCACACUGGAGAGAAACCCUUUGAAUGCAGUGAAUGUGGAAAGACCUUCAGCCACAGUUCAUCGUUCACUCACCAUCGAAAGAUUCAUAGCAGAGUUUAAAAGAUAUAGGAAGGUCUUUUACAAGUGUGUUCAUCUUUAGUGAACUCAUAGUAGUAACAUACCUUUCCUUUUGAAUAUAACUUGAGGAAAAUCUUUUGGCCAGAGAAACAUCUUAAGAUCUGAAAAUUCAUACUAAUGAGAAACAUAAUUGUCCCUGUGAAAUGUUUUUAUAGCAGGUAAUCACUUGUCAUUCAAAGAAUUAUGUUAAAGAUUGACCCAGUUUAGAGCCUUACACUGUAACCUGAGAAUAAUUGAGGGAAGAGACCUGGUAGUUAACAUGCAUUUACGUAAAAUGUCAGCAACAAUGUUCCUCUUAUUAAUACUACAAAUCCAUCUCAAGCAUAUUUUAAAAUAAUGACAGAUGGCGUAAACAAUCUGUAAGAGAAAAGAAAAAGAAGUGCAAACUUGUUUUCAGUUUCCCUGUUUAUGAUAGUUCAUCAUUUGGCAGGUUAGGGGAUGGAGCAGGGAAUGUCUCAUCCCCUUUGUAUGUUUUACAUAUAUAUAUAUACACACACACACACACACACACAUACUAAGACACACGCUUUGGAUUAAGAGACCCUCAAAACAGGCUUUGUGUGAGCAACAUGGCUGUUUAUUCACCUGGAUAAACAGCCUGGGCUGAGGCUGAAAAGGGUGUCAUGAAGGGCAGUGGGAUAGGAGUUGGUUUUAUAGGUUUGGGGUGGGCAGUGAAAAGUUACAGAGUGAGAUCAGUUACAGUGGUGUGGGUAGGGGCAAGGAGUAUACCUUACCAUAAGUUCAAUUACAAUGGUGGGUGAGGUAAAAGUAGUUAAGAUGGUAGGGUGGGGUGAGGAGUAUUCACAUUAUCAUAACAGUUAAAAUGGCAGGUUGGGGUGAGAAGUAUUUGCAUUAUCAUAAUAACAGUUAAGAUGGCAGUGUGAGGUGAACCAUCUUAACUGGGAGAAGCUCCACUGGGCUAUCAGGGAUAAUGGUAAACGUAGGCAGGGGUCAGGGGAUGAUCAGCCGAGGCAGGCAGGACUUCAGACUUUCUGAAUCCGGGCUUGUACAUGGAGGCCUGACAAUAUAUAUGUAUAUAUGUCUCCAGAGCCAGGAGAAUUGUGAGGGCAGCUCUGCCAACAUUUAUUAGAAGUGUUUAUUGUUCCGAAACUGUCGUCUCUACCCUUGAGGUAGCGUGUUUGUGAGAAAUAUAAAGGCUUGAGUCAUGAAAUACUUAACACGUGUACAUGCACACACAUGUAUUUAUAUGCAGUGAAUUGUUAUUCAUGGUAGUUAGGUUCUGUGAAUUUUUUGUGCACACUGAAGUAGUGAAUGCUGAAUGAUUGUUGCUAGGGGAAAUACAGGGUUAGCUUCUGUGAGCCUCUGAUUCAAACAUUUUUAUCAACUAGUCAACACACAACCUUCUAUGGGUGUGUGUUUGUUUGUUUAAAGGCACCUUAUCAGUGUUUUGUUUCUUAAUUAUAAUUACAUUAGAAGUAUAACUCAUGACUGAAUGCAUCUUAUUUUUUUUAUUUGAGAUGGAGUUUCACUCUUGUUGCCCAGGCUGGAGUGCAAUGGUGCAAUCUCGGCUCACUGCAACCUCUGCCUCCCAGGUUCAAGCGAUUGUCCUGACUCAGCCUCCCAAGUAGCUGGGAUUACAGGCGCCUACCAGCACACCUGGCUAAUUUUUGUAUUUUUAGUAGAGGCAGGGUUUCACCAUGUUGGCUAGGCUGGUCUCAAACUCCUGACCUGAAGUGAUCCACCUGCCUCGGCCUCCCACAAUGCUGGGAUUACAGGCUUGAGCCACCGCGCCUGGCCUGAAUGAAUGUUAUUUAACACACAUUUUCUCUUUAAGUCACAUCACAGCCUUUUUGUAUUUAGGGACACUAGACAGCAUUUGAACACUGCUUGGGGGCCAUUUUACAUAGCAAAAUUAUCCCCAAUAAAAAUCAAAAACAUCCAAAAACAUGUCACUAAAUAGACUGAAAAUGAUACAUUAUAAAUGCUGAAACAAGAAAGUAAGCGUCACCUUUGAUCUCAGCUAGUAACAUGCAGGCUUGCUGACUCAUUUUCUUCAUCACUCUGUUCAUGUCUGCAAAUAACUGCAAAAAUGCAAAAACCUCCAAGUACUGAUUUUGGAGUUAUAACAGAGAGCUGAAGACCCCAUUCUCCCUCACAGUUGCCACCUCUGCUGUAGUUGUGGCUGCACCUAUACUUGAGCCUCGUGGCUAAGAGCCUAGAUGAUGGAUUGGGAUUUCAGAUAAUUUAGGUUUACAUGACCCAUUGGGUGACCUUGGCCAUGCCACUUCUCCAUGGAGUUGCGUUACUCUCUCUAAGGGUAGGAAGGUGGACAUUAAAAUAUUAACAUUUGGGGAGGGAUAGCCUGGGGAGAAAUGCCAAAUGUGGGUGAAGGGGAGAAGCAAAGCAAAGCACACUGCCAUGUGCGUACCUACGCAACUGUCUUGCAUGCUCUGCUCAUGUACCCCAAAACCUAAAAUCCAAUAAAAAAUUAAAAAAUAAAAAAUUAACAUAUGGGAAAUGAACCAACAGUAUGUUAGGUGACAUGCAGACUCAGGAAACAUUCAGGAGCCCAGAAGAGAGAACCACAUAUCCAAUACCUCAAGAGUGUCAAGAGCUUGGUCUGUUGGUGGAUACAGCUCAGUGCCAGGGUGGUUUGACAGAAUAGAAAUUAAUGAUGGAGUGGAGUAGCAGGGCCAUAUGUAUAGAUAGGGUACCAUAAAAUUCCAAUUUAAUUCUAAUUGCUAUGUCAAGUCAUGGGAUGGCUUUAGCAGAUACACAAAAGACUUUUUUCUAAAAAUUUAAUAGUUGUAUGUUUUAUACUUGGGUCAGAAUUUCUCAACCUUCUAAAGCUGAGGUCAUUAAUUUGAGACCUUUUCUUCUAAUAUAGGCCUUUAAUACUAUAGAUUUCACUCUAAAUACUGGGUUAGUAGGUUUCCAUAAAUUUUGACAUAAUUUUCUUUUUUUUUUUUUGAGACGGAGUUUCACUCUUGUUACCCAGGCUGGAGUGCAAUGGCGCGAUCUCAGCUCACUGCAACCUCCACCUCCUCGGAUCAGGCAAUUCUUCUGCCUCAGCCUCCCGAGUAGCUGGGAUUACAGGCACACGCCACCAUGCCCAGCUAAGUUUUUGUAUUUUUAGUAGAGAUGGGGUUUCACCGUGUUGACCAGGAUGGUCUCAAUCUCUUCACCUCGUGAGCCUCCGCGCCCGGCCAAUUUUGACAUAAUUUUCAAUCAGUUUUAAUAAUUUUUAAUUUCCCUUGUGAUUUCUUCUUUGAUGUAUGAAAUUUGAUUAUGGUCUAAAAGCAUACUUUGCAUGACCUGAACCCUUUUCUGUUUAUUGAGGUUUGUUUUAUGACCCAGAAUGUGGUCUAUCUUGGAAGAAUGUUUACACAUUAUUACUAAAAAUAAUGUGCACUCUGAUCUUGGUAGAGUGUUCUAUAAAUGUCAAGUAAGUCAAUAUGGUUGAGUGUUCCUCAUGUCUUGAGUCCUGAUUUUCUGCUUGUCCUGUCACUUAUGUAGAGAAUGGUGUUUUCUUUAAGAAAAAAAUACUGUAAUUAUGGAUUUGUCUAUUUCUCUUUGAAUGUCUGUCAUUUUUUAGUUCUUUUAUUAGGUACAUAAAUAUUUAGGUAAUAGUCUUUGUUCUGAAGUUAAUUUUGUAUGAUAUUAAUACAGCCUCUCUAGUGCUCUUUUGCUUACUGUUAGAAUGGUGUAUCUGUGUCUUUUGAUUUUUAAAUAAUUUUUGUAGUUAUAUUUAAAAUGGUUUUCUUGUAGGAAA